AUGGAACUAGGAGGACGUUCCGAAGCACCUUGGCCCUGUCAAGCAGAGCAAACGCGUACUAUUCUGUACUUUGGCCUAUUUGGAUGCCGCCACGUGUAUGACGGCGAUGUACUUUAUUCUUUGUCGUUGUCGUUUAGCCUGCGGGUCCUUUCUUGGACUGAUGCAACUUUUUCUGGCUCUGCUCUAUGUCCUACAUGUGAUCUGGGGAGGUUUGAUCUGCCUGGGUUGCGUAUGCUUGGCUUGGGGCUUAGAGUCUUAAAUCUUCACGGUAACGAAUUCAUUGGGAAACUUGAUGGAUCAUUACUUCUGUCGGGUAAUAGUUCAUUAGAGUUCGUUGACCUUGGCAUGAACAGCUUAAGUCUUCAGCUCAAUCUCUUCUGCAAGUUUAAGAAUCUCAUCAAUCUCGAUCUAUCAAAUUCUGAUCUGUCAUUGACUGAUGGUGUCAACUGUUCAUUCUCUUGGCCUAAAUUGUCCAGUUUGGCUCUGUCUUCUUGCAAUAUAAGUGAAUUCCCAGGCUUCUUGAGAUCCCAGCACACUCUAGAAGCGUUAGAUCUCUCUAAUAAUAGAAUCCAAGGCAAGGUACCUAGCGGGUUGAAAGAUGUGGGAAAGAAUUCAUUGCCAUUAUUAAAUAUUUCUCACAACAAUCUGACAGGAGGUUUGGAGCUUUUUUCUUGGAAGAACUUGUUAUACAUCGAUCUUCGCUGUAACUCUCUGCAAGGGUUCCUUCCAUCACCACCACCCAAUACCGGCAUGUUUCUCGCUUCGAAUAACAAAUUUCAUGGUGAAAUCUCUUCAUCAUUCUGCAACUUGAAAAUGUUGGGAAUUCUUGAUCUGUCUUACAAUCGUUUGAGUGGCAAGAUGUUGAUUCUGAGUUUUGAUGAUGACAACGCAAACUUCCUAAUCGUUGUUUAA